GAACUGGGCAGAUCGCAUCUAUCGACCUGGCCAACAAUCCCCCUUCCCAACCUCUCGCCUCCGACCCCCCCUGACCUUCUUUUCCCAUUCGAUAUCGAUCCCACCUCCUCCGCCGGUCCCGAACGGUCCUCCAACUCCCCAUCUGCCUCCUCUCCGUCCUCCUCUCGUACUCCUGCUCCAGCUCCAGCUCCAGCUCGCCCAGCAAACCCUCGGCGUCGUCGGCUUCCCUCGAGUAGCCCUGAAAUCCCCGCUUCCGAAGUCGUGAGAACGAGAUCCAGUACAAGAACCACUGGGGCAGCUGCGCCCCAGUCCGACUCUAUUCACACUUCGGGCCGUGAACAAGAAGGCCACUUUCCCUCCCGCAAACGCAGGCGUUUGGCAGUCAUGCGUGCUGAUACUCUCUCCUCCACAAAUGGCUUUUCACAAGCCUCGAAUGGCUCAACUCCCAGGAAGGCCAGUUUGAAUGGACAGUCCAGCAAUGGCGACUCACAUACGAACGGCACCUCCAAGUCUGUAGCUACUGGCUCGUCGUACUACGGUCAUGAUCGGGAGGAGGUGACGCGGAUUUUGAUACAGAGCCUCUACGAGUUGGGUUACGACGGAGCAGCUUCGACGUUGAGUUCGGAGAGUGGUCAUCAGCUGGAGACACAGGGCGUUGCCACAUUCAGAAGUGCCGUCCUGGGUGGUCGGUGGUCCGAAGCAGAGAAGAUUCUCAUACAAUCAUUCCACUGGGAUGGCUCCCAAAAUGGUCAAAAUUCCUCGCCGCAGCAACCAUUAUUGUUAAAUGAAGCGGCGGAACGGAACGAAAUGCUAUUCCAUCUUCGUCAACAGAAGUUUCUAGAGCUCCUCGAAUCUCGCAAUCUUGGUUCAGCGCUGGGUGUCUUGAGGCAGGAACUAACACCGUUAAACUACGAUAUCGAUCGCCUCCAUGCUCUAUCUAGCCUUUUGAUGUGCCCCACCGAGUUGCUCCAUGAGCAAGCUGGCUGGGAGCGCCCCAUUACUGCAUCCCGAGAACGGCUUCUCAACGAAUUAUCCAAAUCCAUUUCCCCCUCCGUUAUGAUACCCCAGCACCGGCUCGCCACCCUUUUAGAUUUUGUGAAGAAGACGCAAAUCAGCAACUGUUCGUAUCAUAAUACUGUCGAUUCGCCUUCACUCUACUCAGAUCACAUGUGCGACAAAAAUGACUUCCCACGCGGUGUAGGUCUUGAACUCACCCAUCAUUCGGAUGAAGUCUGGUGCUGCGAAUUCUCGCAUGACGGUACCAAGCUGGUCACUGCAGGCAAGGACCGCAUGGUAUUCAUCUACGAUACGACAAACUUCUCAGUGAUCUCAAAAUUGGCCGAAAAUCACACCGACGGAGUGGCUUUUGCAAGCUGGAGCUCAGAUGACACAAAACUAAUUACAUGCUCACAAGACAAGCAAGCCCGAGUAUGGAAUGUCGAGACUGGGCGUUGCCUUCUCACAAUUGAUCACCACAAUGAGCCAGUAACGUCAGCCGGCUGGGCUCCGGAUGGAGAGUCCUUUGUGACUGGGUCACUUGAUGCAAAUUCACAGCUCUGCCUUUGGAGCAUUCGCGGUCCAUCUAUACACAGAUGGAAAGGUUCGUUCCGCGUACAGGAUUGCGCGAUCAGUCCCGAUGGAAAGCGGCUGGUUGCGGCAGAUACGGACUUCAAGAUUCACGUGUUUGACCUUGACUCUCGCGAAGAAGAUUAUUGUCUCUCGCUUUCAAGUAAACCUACGUCGGUCACGAUCAGUCGGGACUCGAAACAUCUGAUUGUGAACCUCGCAGAGGGCGAGAUUCAAUUGAUCGAUCUGGACACUACCGACGUAGUACAAAGGUUCAGGGGUCACAAGCAAGGCGAGUACGUUAUUCGCAGUACUUUUGGAGGAGCAGGGGAGAACUUUGUCGUAAGCGGCAGCGAAGACUCGAAGGUCUACAUUUGGAACAAGGACGAUGGCCACCUUGUGGAAUCUCUGGAGGGACACACCCGCGGAUGUGUCAAUUCAAUAUCAUGGAACCCAACGAAUCCGAGGAUGUUCGCCUCGGCAGGUGAUGAUCGUGUUGUGCGAGUCUGGACUCCCGAAAAUGAUCGCCCUAUCCCAACACGGGGCUCUGCUCAGCGAAGAGGAGUAUCAUCAAAUGGGUUUCCCCGGACAAGUGCGUUACGAACGACGAGUGCUUUUUGA